GGUGCGAGGCGGCGGCGGGGCGGGUGUCACUGGGGCCGGCGGCGAGGUGCGGGCGGCAUGGCGGGCGCGCUGGUGCGGAAGGCCGCGGACUAUGUCCGGAGCAAGGACUUCCGGGACUAUCUCAUGAGCACUCACUUCUGGGGUCCGGUCGCCAACUGGGGCCUCCCCAUCGCCGCCAUCAAUGACAUGAAGAAGUCCCCAGAGAUCAUCAGCGGGAGGAUGACCUUCGCCCUCUGCUGUUACUCCCUGACCUUCAUGAGGUUCGCCUACAAGGUCCAGCCUCGGAACUGGCUCCUCUUCGCCUGUCACGCCACCAAUGAAGUGGCCCAGCUGGUGCAGGCCGGCCGGCUGAUCCGAUACGAGAUGACGAAGAAGGCCGCAUAACGGAGGACGGGGCAGCGCGGGCCCUCGGAGCGGAGUGGGAAGUCUUUGCCAAGGAGAAUGCUCUGAGCGCUAUUUUUACUAACCAGACUGUUUUUAUAGAAAUAGCCGAGAGUCCCCGCCCGACCCUCUCGGCUGCCUUACGAGUGCGGGACUCCCGCGUCUCUCCUCAGAGUAGCUCCUGUCCUCAGCCACUGCAGGAACCCCACGAGGGCCGCGUCCGCGGCAGCCCCCGGAAGAGAGAACAAAAUGUGUCACGUUUAGCACUUACAGUCUCAGAGUCCCCGACCUCGCGUGACCUUGAGGCUGGCCUUGCACGGCCCGUGCCGGUGUCCAGACAGUGCCUGCCACUCCCCCAGUGUGCGCAUUGCCGCCUAUGAUUUAAAGGCAAUAAAUAGCUCAGAUGUCGGUUAGAAGA